AUAAAUACAAACACAACACAAGAAUCCAAAUAUUUAUUUCAUAAUAUAAUUUUCAUAAUAACAUAAAAUGAAGAAACAAAAACGAUUCUAAGUUGUUUUUCAAAUAUUGCUUAUUUAGUUCGUGUUCCAAUUUACACUUACGUUUUAUUAAAAAUGUCGAAAAAACUGUGGGGAGAGUUUGAAGAGGACGAAACCGAUGAUAAUAUACAACAGACCGUUAACUUUAACCCCAUUAUCGAAUUGGGCAUGCAAAAUAUACCAGAAAUACCGAUUACCGUAAAAUCGUCACCUGUAGAACUACCAAAACCAAAUUUAAUUACUCAUACGAUACGAUUGCAUGCAUACUCGAGGCAACUAACAGCUAUAUUAGAACAAACCGAGAACGCAGUUUUCGAAGGAGCUCGUCUAGACGUGAUGAGCUUACCAACGCCACCUCCAGAACUCAAUAUAGAAUUAGAACACGAAUCUACAGUACCAGUAAACUUUCUUCCAAAGGAGUAUUGUGAUUUUUCUCGUGGUAAAGGACCAGUUAUUUUACCCUUUACACCUGAAAGUCAUAAGCGUGCGUUACGCCAGUGUGCAGCUAUCGCCCUUGGCCACAUUGGUAUCACAACUUGUACUAACACAGCCCUCAAUGCACUAGCAGAUGCUUUGGACCUUUACUUGAAUAAUAUGUGCAAACUUAUGAGAACUGUAGUAGAUAGAGAAGCAAGUGGUAUUAAAUCUGGCUUCCCUGAUGUGAUGGCAAAAGUUUUUGCAGAUUUAAAUGUUGGUAACCUCCAUGAGUUUUAUCAGAACCGUGUAGUCAAGUAUCAUGCUAAAAUUAAAAGAACAUGUGAAGAAUUAAAAGUACAAUGUGAGUCUCUGGCUUUAGGAGAGCUUGCUCAACCAUUGGAAGAAGUGCCAGAGUUACAUUUCCCGGCAGCACUAGAUGAUGCUUUCACACCUUCACUGGAGCCUGGUUUUCAAAUGUUACAAAGCUUGGAGCAAGACCAAUUAGAAGGGUUGGAUAUUCUGGAUACUGUUACUGCAGACAACAUUGCAGUAGACCAGAUUGAUUUCUCACAGCCUGAAACAGUUAAAAUAUCAUCUCUAUCACCUGGUGCAAGAAAAAAACGAAAAUAAAUCAUUUAUCAUAUUCAUAAUCUCUUACUUUAAGAAUAUUUGUCUAUACUAAAAUAAUAGAGAUUUGUAUUUUUGUAUGUAUUGUUAUUUCUCAAAAACCACUGGGUCAAUUUUAAAAAUUCUUCACUGUUAGAAAUGUAAUAUAUCUGUGAGGUAACACAGGCUAUAGUUAUUUUUUUUUUUUUUAAUUUUACGCGGGUUGGAGUCGCUACUAUUAAAUAUGAAAUAUCUUCGACACAUAAAGGAAAUGUGCACAUUUUGUGUUUACUUGAAAACAAGGACAUUCAUAAAUGACUAUGUUAUUUAUUCUUUACUAGCUUUUGCCCACAAUUCCAUUUAUGUGAAAUCAAAAAAAUAGAAAGUAGCCUAUUUUCUUCCUGACUAUGAUAUACAUAUGAACCUGUUGAGAUACCUUUAGUUGGUCUGGAGAUACCUUCUAACAUCCAUCCAUCUUUUUUUAAUAAUCAAAUUUUUUACACUAAGACUUUCUUUAGUGUUAUAAAAAUAUGUUAAGGAAAAAAAAAACAAUUUUUAGCACCAAAUAAUUUAUCUGAUUGAGAUUUUCAAAACACAAAGUUUGACAAAAUUAUUUACUGCCAAUAUUCUUCUACAUUUACAUUAUAUACAAUUUAUAAUUAAAAAAAUAUCCAAAUUUCAAAACAUAAGUAAAUGCCAGUGCGUCUACAUGUAAAAUUGUAAAAUGAGAACAAAUUGGAAUUCCACAAAAUGUUUAACUAUUACUAAAUCUUACAUAGGCAGUAUAAAAGUAUUAACAUUUUGAAAUAAGCAGAAAUAUGUCUCUUCAUAAAUUUGUAUAAAUCAAGAUUGGCUCCGAGAUUGAUAAAUGUUUUUAAAACAUGAUUUAGAUUAUCUUUGAAAUAGGCAAGACUUCAAAAUUUCCUGAAUUACAGUAUUAAA